GAGGACCAAUCGAGUUUUUCCCCACUGAAAGCCAAUUGGCUAAGAGCCUCCCUGUUUUUGUGGGUCGGCCAGUUCUUUCGUCGAUGAGGAUGGUGCCAUCUAGUUUAAAAUAACCUACUCUCCCCCCCCCACGCGAACCCCCUCCUUAUUUUAACCGUGAUGUCGUUUGUUGACUCGCCUUACUAGAUGGUACUCAUUUUUGUUUUGCUGUGCUGUUAUUCAGUCGGUUCUUUUUCCCGCUAAGAAAAAAAAAAGGGCCUGUCAAAAGAGUUUUCCAAAACUUGGUAGGCCCUUACCCAUGUUUCGUCUCCGCUGACUAGUCAAAACGAAACGCAAGCUAGCUGACGAUUCCUGGUAGGUUAAUGCUGUUUUCUUCAGCCGCUCGUUAAAAGCCCGUUUGGACCAUAGAGACGGCGAGAUGGAAGGAAUCUCCCCGAAAGCAAGCUGUAAAUAUGCCCUUCUUCAAGAUGGCGGAGCUUUCCAUAUAAAGUGACUUUAAACAGGAAUUAUGGCAGCUUUGGAUAAAAUAAAAGCAAAAAAGACUCUGGGAACUGUUGAUUAUGUAGAAUCAUCUGAAUUUGCACAAGGAAUUCUGCCUACAAAGAAGGAUGUCAUUCAAAACAUGUUGUAUUUGUUGCAUCCAAAAAGGGCUGGUCAAGCACAACGAUCCAAAGAAGAUGCUGCCCAAUUGCUUGCUGAACUUUUGCAGGAACACUGGUUGUUUUGCAAUCUAUAUACCAUAGCAACACACAGCAUAAAGAAGCAUAUUCUGAAAGUAUAUGAAGAAUUCUCAAAGUUAUACCAAUCCAGAAAACGAAGAAAAAAUGAACUGUUUAUUCAGAAAGCAGAUGACUUCAAUAGGAGUUCAGAACAGCUUUUUGAUAUAUUUUGUACAGACACUGUUACACGAGAGAAAUUGGAGCAGUGCAGUGGUGUUAAGAUGACAGAUACUGAAUGGAAAUUCCUUGAAGAUCAGAGGAAUGAGAGAAAAAUGUACUUUGAGAACUUUGUGGACAAAAAACAAAUGGAAACAAUAGAAAGACGGAGAAAGGUUGAGUCAUUAGAGCAUUUUAGGAAAAUUGCAGAGGAAGAGAAAGAAGCUCGUAAGCGGAAAGAAAUGACUUCAAACAGGGAUGAACAGCCAGUUGAAGAUGUUAAUAAGAAUAAAGAUGACUCCUGUCUUGAAUACAACAAGGGAAUUGCAGGGUUUUCAGAUAAAGCAAAAAGAAAGCGUCUGUCACCUUGUUGGGUAACUGGGACAGCAACUUCAACCACUUACAAUGAAUCAGUUCCUUCUGAAAAUCAGCAUCUACGUAUGAAUAUCAGAAAAGUCAGACCAGGAUUCUAUGAGACUUUUGACAAAUAGAAGAACUGCUAGUUUGAUAUCUGAACGCUCUAGUGGAAUUAACUUAGAUCUUAAAGUACCAAGAUUAUUUGGGAGUCGGUGUAGAUAAUUAUGUUGGGCUCCAUUAUUUUGCAACAGCAGCACCAAAAGGAUUGGUUAAAAUAGUCCAUGGAAAAAGUUAAGAUGAUAGUCAUUUAGUUUUAUAGCAAUAUUCACAAAGAGAAAAUAUUAGUUAUGAAAAAAAAUAUAACAUUUGCAAAAGAAAUCUGAAGUUCCAGUGCUUAUAAGCUUAGAAAAGUAGACAUGAACAGGUUACAUUCCAUGAGAAUAAUGUAUGCAUUUCAAUAAACAGCUUAGGAAGAUAAUGCUUUAUCCGUUAUGUACAGCAUUUGAAUCAGACCAGGCAUACUAAAAACCUUUUGCUAAAAACAUAAUAUGGAGGUCUGAGGAAGAAAAAAAUGAAGAGUAAAUUAAUUAAAUAAUGUGUUGUAUUCCAGUUUUACAUCGCUGGGGAUUGGAAGACCAUAUCCAAUUUAUUAACCUAAGAAGCUAUACAUGGCUAUUGAAAGGGACAAAAUUCAUAGUCUUUGUGUAACAUUGGAAUAUUGAAGAUCACAAUAAACUGCAAACUCAAACCAUGACAACUAAACCAUGUCCCUUAAGGAAAAAUAAUAAUUGGUCCCAGUGAUUCAGAAUGUGCUGUUAUUUUCUAGGGGAAAAAGAAAACAAAAACCUGCCUGGCUCUAAGAGAUGUAGUAUAUAUAACUUGCAGUUGAUACACUGAGAUUCAAAUGGUUUUAGGUAUUUGCACAAAAAGUAAUGGGUUGCUUAUUUGACCUAGUAGAUGCUAAGAGACCCUGUACUUUGGCAAACCAGUUCUUGUAGAUAAUUUGAUAGCUUAUUGGAAGAAAACAGGAAUUUUAAACAAUGGCGUUUGAUAUCAGUGUGCUGGUGACAGCUAUCGUUUUUCUAAAUUUUUGGCAAUUAAAUAUCGGUGGUAAUUAUGUAAAAAAAUCUGUAGUUAAAAGUAACAGGAAGAUGUGUAAAACACAAUAUGAUAUGGUAACACAAUAAGGUAAACCUGCCGAAAGGUUAAAGAAAAAAAGUCUCAUAGACUGAUAAUUUUGAAUGUGUAAACUGUCAUGUUUGCAACAACAGAAAUAUCUAGUUACUUAGUCAUACCAACUGACUUUGUAUAUAAGUUGUUGAUUCUUUAAAAAUUUAAAACUUAAAAUAUUCAAAUCUUUUCCUUAUAAUUCUAGAGUAGUCCCAUGGCGAGAUAGGCAACAAGUGAAUUCAAUAAUAUUUUAAGAAUAAUUCUGCAUAAAUUAGGUAGGUACAUUACAAGAGCUAUGGUGGCACAGUGGUUAGAAUGCAAUGUUGCAAGCUAACUCUGCCAUCAGCCAGGAGUUCAAACCUGACCAGUUCAAGGUUGACUCAGCCUUCCAUCCUUCCGAGGUCGGUAAAAUGAGGACCCAGAUUGUUGUGGGCAAUAUGCUGAUAUUUGUAAACUGCUCAGAGAGUUCUGUACUAGCACUAUGGAGGUGAUGCAAAGUCUUAAGUGCUAUUAUUAUUACAUAUUUUUGUUUCAUUUCACAUCUAAAAGCUUUUUUCUGUAUUUUUAGCAUUAUAUUUUCCAUGUAUUCCCCUAUAACAACUAACUACUAAAAUAAACAGUACACACAGU